CUUAAUGAAAUUAAACAAUGGAUGUCCGCUAACUUUUUGCAACUCAACGCUAAGAAAACGGAAAUGCUGAUUAUCUGUCCUGCUCAACACCAACAUCUAUUUAAUAAUACCACCUUAACAUUUGACAACCAAACAAUUAAACAAGGCGACUCGGUAAAGAAUCUGGGUAUUAUCUUCGACCCAACUCUCUCGUUUGAGUCACACAUUAAGAGUGUUACUAAAACGGCCUUCUUUCAUCUCCGUAAUAUCGCUAAAAUUCGUUCCAUUUUGUCCACAAGCGAUGCUGAGAUCAUUAUCCAUGCGUUCGUUACAUCUCGUCUCGAUUACUGUAACGUUUUAUUUUCGGGCCUCCCUAUGUCUAGCAUUAAAAGAUUACAGUUGGUACAAAAUGCGGCUGCUAGACUUUUGACAAAAACAAGAAAGUUUGAUCAUAUUACGCCUAUACUGGCUCACUUGCACUGGCUUUCCUCCAUCGCCGGACGCAAGCCGGGCUUCCGACCGGCUGAGCGUACUCCCCCCGCCCCCCAUUUCGAGGGAGCGGGAAUUGGGGACGGCCAGGUCCCCCUGUGGCCCCGGUCUUCUCCUCCUCUGGGGCCAUUCGCCCCCCCUCCCCGUCUGGUCCGCCAGCACCUGCAGGAGCCGCAACUGUUGGCGGGACUCCUCGAGUCGCUGGCGGCUGCCUGCCGCGAGAGCCCACAGGAGAUCGUCCCCCCCCGCCUCCGAUGGUCCAGCCACGUUGGGACCACCAAGGAAGGACAUUCUGAUGAGCAGGUUUGA